AUGCACUCACCGUUGCCUAAUCCUCCAUUCGUCUUUCCAGCACGGGACCCAGAUUGCCCCAACACUCAAUUGAAGACCCCUGAGCGCCGGGAACGUGCCGCAUUGCCUGCCUUCUCUUUUAAUCCCGGAUCAGAACAGCAGUCACCACAAUUUUCAGCACCUUCCUUGUCGAAUCCUCGCGCGGGCGGACACCGUCGGCGACCAAGCGAGUUUAUUGGAACUGAUUACUUGGUAACACCGGAAACAAUUGGACCAGGCCACAAAAGGGCGUCUUCCAUGGCAGAUCAACAUCUUCCGCCUCCAGGGCCUGGUGUUGGUAGGGUUCCUGGACGACGGAACCACGCUCAUCGCCGUUCGGCUGCGAUCUCUAAUGUUGACUUGAAGGCCAUCACCAAGGCACUUGGCCCUAAUUCUGGAAUGGCAAGUGCGCCAUCUACACCCGCCGACCCUAAUCACAAAUCGGCAUCCGAUCUUCCUUCACGACCGCUUUCUCAACCGGCUAUCAGCCUUGGCCGCCCCACGCCCCCUGCGUCACCUCAACUCCCUCCCGUCCCUCCCGUGCCUUCCAUUCCGGCUGCCCUUCAGGUGGAAAUGGCCUUGAAAAACCAGAUGUCGAAUUUUGAACAACCAGUCUCCGCUAGUUCGCAGGAUAAUUCGGAUUUUUUGCCCACAAUUCAGUUGACGCAAGAGAUGGAGAAACCUACAAUCUCAGAUCGAGCAACUCCACUACCUGACUACAACACCAAAUCUCGACCAAAAACUGCCGAUGCCUCUUUGGCGGUAGAUUUUGUGCAGACGGAUGAUGACUCGGGGACCCCUUUCAAACGGUCGCACUCGGCCGCUGGGCACUCACGCUCUCGGAAGAGCAAGUCAACACCGCAUCUCAACUCUACUCUCUCGCCCGAUGAUAUCCAGUCGACAGACAACUACCGGCCUUCAUUCUCGGACGAUGGUUCUGAAACAUCUGGCGAUGAAGCGACAGAGAACUCGUCUGACAAAUGCCCCAUCAAGUUGAAAAAGAAGAAGCAGAAACGCGUUCGCUCUUGGGCCGGUCACAUUCUAACUCGAACUAAGAGCAAAGGUAAGGGUAAGCGCCAUGCGAAGGUCGACACAAAAGAGGAACCGCCUGUGCCUCGCACUCUUGCGCUUCGUCCCCCUGCUCUGACUCGCACCAACUCGGGGACGGGAUCGAUCUUAGAUGUUGAUUUUGAUAAUGACGGUGUCGUUGUCAUCCGUACACCGACCAACCCGACAAUGCCUCUUUCUGCGCUUGACCCUAUUCAAAGUCAUCACCAAACUGAUCAAGGUUGUUCUUCAUCUACACAAUCCCUAGAGAGCUCUUGGAAACCAAGAAGUUUUUAUGAACAGGGAGUUAGUCCGAACGACAAUGUGCUAAGUAGCCCUAUCAUCGACCUCGAUGCUGCACUCGGUCCUUUCAACACUCCAGACAUGCGACCAGGGAUGCAGGGUGCGCCUAACAACAAAUUUUCGGUUGCAACUCAACGAAUGUACAGCGGUGGAAGACGGGGUGAAUUUGUUGGCCCAGAGAUGCGGUACCAUCGGCGCACGGAAAGUGCUCCGGCGAUGCAACCAUUCGACCGGGCAGCUCUAGGCGCAUUCCGUUUGGGUCCGACCUCGGCAGUGGAAACGCCCGAUGUGUUUGACGAGGAGGAGGAGGAUGCUUUCCUGGCUGCUUCCCAAUCACCGAAGGGCGAGCGGCUUCCUGUGGAUGCAUCAACGACUGACAGAGCAGUUUUCUCAUCAUCGGAGGAUGAUCUCAAAUCCAUUCACAGCAACGAUACCUCUGGUACGGGUGAUACUUUGACUUACGCCCCCACUGACAGCAUUUCCUCUCAAAAUGCUGGCUUGGGCAUUCGACAAGGCGAUAAACAUCUGAACCGGGAACAGCAGGAGCAAAGAAGUGUCCUUCAGCAGGUGCAUAAUGCCAGCAAUCCUUUCGACAGCAAGCCCCGAACCCCCGUAAAAAUUUUGAAGACGGAAGAACCUGCGCAUCAAAUGACCAGACCUCCCAGUCCCGAGAUUUCUCCUCGGUUCCUAGCUAUCGACAAGCGGCCAGUGACCUCGCCCAUUGAGCUGCUGCCCAACAUUCCACCAUUCGCGUUGCAACCGGGGGUUUCUCCGUCCGACUCGUCUUUCCCGUCUCCAGAAGCUCCACGAUCCAUUGCGGCAUCCUCGAUGACCGACCGUAACCUUUCCAGUCGCUCAUAUCAACAUCUUCCUUCGGCGGAAUAUCCUUACGCAUCAGUUGAAGAUGUUCCAUCUUUGACCAGCAGUGCAUCGACCAUGACCAACACUCUGAAUCGUUUCUCGGCGGCUUCUUUCUUCCCCCGUGGACGACUUUCGACUGACCGCGCGGCUUCCUUCUCGGCUGCUGGUACCAGACGUACCAGCCAGGCCAAUGCCUCAAAACGCUCCAGUCUAGCCAGCCUUUCCAAGCUGGUCGGGAGUACACAUUCUGAGCGGAGCAAGCUCAGCCAAGAGGAGAAACCUCCCAACAAUGCAUCUGGCAAGACUAAGAAGAAGGGCCGCCGUCUCAGCCGAAUGAUGCACUUUUGGAAACCUAAGGACAAAGAAAAGUCUUCCAACGAGGCAGCAACGGCAAACGAACGGUCGCAGUCAUAA